AGAAAGAGAGAGAAAAAGAGAAGAAAAAAAGAGAAAGAGACACGAUUAUAAAAAGUUAGAUUUUUUCAAAGUAAAAACAAAAAAAUUAAGAAUUCGCUUUGUUCGUUUUUUCAUACCAAAUAUAUAUUUACGUUCAAAAAAUACGCGUAGUUUUACAAUUAGAUCGAAUCGAAGAUUGACGAAUUUGUACUUCGUCGAGUGUUCGCGCCAUUUUAUUUUACGAUAGUGUGUAUUUUUGUUCCGUUCAGAAAAAAGGAUAAAUAAAAUAAAAUGAAAUGAAAUAAAAUAACAAAUAUUGUAAAAAAAGUAGACAGAUAGAAAGAAAGAAAGAAAGAAAAAAAAAACAGUCUCGUAGAAAUCGACAUUAAAUGCUUUCCGAUAGAUCGUAAGUUAAAACAAGAGAUUUUCAUUUAUCUCAGGACGAGUGGACGAUAUUACGAGAGUGAUAUAUAGAUAAAAGAUAGAGUUAGAAAGAAACACAAAGUAACCGGUCGAAAGUUGGCCCGACGGCGUAUACCGUUAUCGACAAUAUCCAUGGGCUAUGGCCGAUUAUCGUUAUUUAUUAUUAUCGUAGGCCGUUCAUUUUACACUCGCCCACACUUGUAUUAAUAAUAAUAAUUAAUUAUAACUAAUAAUAAUAAUAAUGAUAGUAGUAAUAAUAAUAACAAUAAGAAUAAUAAUAAAUAAAUAAAUUAAUUAAUUAAUUAAUUAAUAAUUAAUAACGAUGAAACUUAAAAAAAUUAUCCUUAGGUGACGAUCGAUCUUAUUAAAAUCGUUAAAGAUUAGACACAAGUCUCGAAAGAAUAUCGACCGUUCAACGAAUUAUAGUUGUACUCCGAAACGUUCUUCUUUCUCCACUCGUCCUUGGUAUUGAACGUGUACGAUAGUAAUUUAUAAGAUAGCUCGAAGGAUGUCGAUGCAAACGUUUUUGUCCAUUAUUUCGCACGUGAGAUACAUGAUAAAGCAUUACAUAGAUUAUCGAUAUUAAUCGAAGUUGAAUCGAUCGGAUUGAGGAAAUCGCUACAUUAUUCAUUUUUUUAUUUUAUAUAUAUAUAUAUAUAUAUAUAUAUAUAUAUAUAUAUAUGUAUAUAUAGUACAUGUGUUAUAACAGACGAUAUAGAGUGUGUAUAUAUAUAUACUAUAUUAUACGAUAUAAUGUAUACUAUAUUAUACCGUAUACUUUGUACUGUAUAUACUAUACUGUAUACUUUGUACUAUAUAUACUAUACUAUACUAUACUAUAUACUGUACUGUAUAUAUAUAUAUAUUACAUGUGUUACGUACUAUGUACACUCUGUACUAUCUAAUACACACAGACAUACAGAAACACACACACAUACACACUCGAUAGACGAUGGAGUAUUUCCGAGACGAUGUUAAGUAUAAACGAUGUGAGCUGACAAAAGAAUACAUAUCUUAUAUUACUGUUGAAUAUGUGGCCAGGCGUAUAGGUCGAUAAAUACGAAAGGCUUAACGUGUAAUGGUGCAAACGGGGGCCGGUUUCACAUCUGUUUUAGAAAAUAAUUUUCUUAUAGUUAGACGAGAACAAAAGAAAAGAGAGCGUUUGAAUUUUUAAAGGACUUUCUAGUUCUAUUUUAAGUUUUCGUUAUAUAUUGCAAGUUUUACGAUUAUUGAAGAAAAAGAAACAAAGAUAAAUGCUAUUCUUUUCUUAUCUCUUUCUCUCUCUCUCUCUUUUUCUCUUUCUCUCUCUAUCUCUUUCAUUAUCCUUAUUCGUCCUCUCUAAGUACGUAAAUAUAUAGAUACGCACAUGAUGAUGCGUGUAUAUACGGCUCGUAUAGUAUCUGUAUGUAUAUAUUAUAUAGUACGGUAUACAUAGACACACGCACACAUACACACACACGUUAGUUCAAUCAAUUUCUUAGCUGUAAAUUGUAAAUAAGAUUUUUUCUAUAUUCCAGUAAAAAGAGAAUAGAUGUGUAAGGUAGAAACAGACGCUUUAUAUCUUUUGCGUCCUUUGUUCUUGGACCUGUUUGUAUGUACAGUUAUAGCAAUCGCGAUAUUUCGAAAAAACCGACCAAAUAAUAAAAAUAAUAAUAAUAAUAAGAAUAAUAACAAUAAUAAUAUUAACAGUAACAAUAAUAAUAAUAAUAAUAAUAAUAAUAAUAAUAAUAAUAAUAAUAAUAAUAAUAGUAAUAAUAAUAAUAAUAAUAAUAAUAAAAUAAAUGAUACUUGCAAAAAUUUUUGCGAAAUAACUUCGAAUAAGUUAGUUGAUUUAUUAUUUCUCUUGAUAUAUAUUGGUCGGUUUUUUAGAGAUUUAUAGUUAUUUUUAGUCUCAUCUGUGCAUAUAGAAGUGCAUGAGAGUGUAAAGGAUAUACAUACAUAUAUAUAUAUGUAUGUAUAUAUAGUGAUCUAGCCAAAAAAGAAAUUUAGUCUUUUAUGAAAUCGACCCUCGAAACCCUUGGAUUCGCGAGAGAAAAACAAAAUAAGGGAGAAGAAGAGGUUACGAUAUCGAAAAAGCGUCGCAGUAGCGUGGAAAAAAAUAUGAGAAAAAGAAUAAAAAAGUAUAGGAGAGAGAGAAAGAGAAUAGGACAAUCAUGUCCUCUGAUAUUUCGGGGCCAAUUGGUAUGAAAGCAGGAGAGAGAGAGAGAGAGAGAGAGAGAGAGAGAGAGAGAGAGAGAGAGAGAGAGAGAGAAAGAGAGAGAGAGAGAUACGAAUAUUAUGCGGCAAAAUGUAACGUGAAGGCAGUCCAGAAUUUUUAUUUGUAUAAUUUUCACCUUUAAAAUUAAUUAAUUCGAUUAAUUUUAAUGAAAUUAACUCUUUAUAUCUUAUAUAACUUUGUAGUCACAUACUUAUUAUUUAUUCAAUGACCUACUCGUUUAUUCAUUUUCUUUCUCGAAUGUUUAUCUUUGAAUUUUUUUUUAUUUUCAUAAAUUCGAUGGAACUUUUUUUAUAAACGAGUGAAAUUCAAAUCUUGUAAUUGAAUAAUUAUUCGUUUAAUUAUUUAAAGAUUGUUAUUAUUCAUUUGUUCAUAUUAUUAUAAUUAAUUAAUGAUAAAAAAAAUAUGUGCGUAAGCUCGAACUGCCUUCGUGCAAGAAAGCAAGUAUCGAAGAGACUCAUUUCCGUAAAAAAAGAAAGACAAAAAAAGAAAUACAACUAUUAUCAAAGAUCCAACGUAACCUUUAUCAAUCCUGACAAAAAGAACAAUGAUUAUUCCUAUUAUUACUAUCAUUCGGAUGAGAGAGAUCGAAAUACGCAAAACUAACAUAAUAUACGCGUUCUGCUUCCGUCGAGUGUAUGAACGAAUUCAUACUCUUUCGAUAUUCUUAUCAUUCGCUCGAGCACAUCGAAAAAAUAGAAAGAAUUUUCAUUAUACCGCUUCUACGUAACAUAUAUAUAGUAUGCUAUUAACAAAAAAAAAAUAUAUAUAUAUAAAAGAGAAAUAAAAAAGAAAUAGAUAAAAAGGAAGAGAAGACAAGAUAAAUAAAAAGGAUAGGCACUUACGACCAAGAGAUACACACAACAAAAUAAUACAUAAAUAAAUAAAUAAAUAAAUAAAUAAAUGAAUGAAACAUCUACAAUGAUUUUUAUCCGAUUGACGCUAUUUAUACGAAUGUUAAUAUUGUACUGUUAUUUUUUAUUCGUCUUUUUAACGAGCCCAAUAUCACAUUAUUUCGAAAUACAUGUAUGUACCUGUAACCGAUUCCAAGUACACAUAAGUAAAAAAGAAAAAAAAAGAAAAAAAAAGAAAUAAAAUAAAUAAAUAAAAUAAAAAUUCGGUACGGUCGUUUUUCGAAGUUCUUUAAUUAAGAAUGAACAUGAAUUUUGAGAAGUGAACACUAUAAACUCAGUACAAAUUACACACGUAUGGACCAUAUCGUUUGACCAUAUCUACGAAAAUCGAAAAUAAACAUAAUCGUCCUACUCGAUCGUUUUAUGUAAAGGUCGACAUUUUUGACAAUACGCGAGUGCAAAGAAUGUAUUAUAAUUAUUCGACAAAAUAAAUGUAAUUUGUCGCCUUCGAAGAACGACUUUUUCCGAACGAUACAACAACAACAAUGACAACAACAACAAAACAAAAUGGUCGUUCGUGCCACAUUCGUAUCAAUUCAUUGAUAACAUUUUCUUAGAUCUUAAGCUCUUUGCCGUUAAGUAAAAGAUCGAUUUACAUAAAAUAAAUCCUCUCUCGAUCCGUAUCUUCGUUAGCUCACAUUAAAACAAUACAACGAGUUAGAGAAAUAUUUCAACAUUUUUUUUUUAAAUUUGACGAGAAUUUUUUGUUAUUAUAGGUCAAGUACUUUAAAUUUUAAAAUAGAUACAUAUACAAAAAAAUUAGUGUGUUGUGUAUAUAAAAAGUAUGUAUGAAGAAUUAAAAAGAAAAAAGAAAAAAGAAAAAAAAAAUAGAAAAAGAAAAAAGAAAAGAAAAAGAACAAAGAGAAAGAUGGUUUUUCGUCGUAGCAUGAAUAAAAAAAUACUAAAUGAGAAUUUUUUCAAUUUUUUAUCAAGUACUUUUAUAAAAAAAAAAACACAAAAAAAACACUAAUAUAUAUCUACAUUUUGUACAUUUGAUUGUUCUUAUAUGUGCAUAUCCUACAAAGAUCUGUCAUCAAAAUUCACCUAUCCUGAAGCGAAUUACACUUGUAUAAAGAUUUAUAAAAUUGUUAUUAUACGUAUAUCGUAAAACUCGUCAUUUUAUUACGAUAUUAAUCUUUGAAUAAACGUAACUCGCUCUACGAUCGGUCGAUUUUGAUGUUUACGUAUCCAAUAGACGCAUACAAUAACAUGCUACGACAUAAAAUCAUUUUUUUUAUUCAAAUUCUUAUAAAUAUAUUUCGUACGCACUAAUUUCUUAAUAAUUAUUACAGACAAUUUUCAAAUUUUUUAACAAAAAAUUUCAAACUUCGUUUUCUCAAAUAUUUCUAUGACUCAUUGUACAUAAAUACAUAGACAUAAAAACGAUGAUUAUUACGAAUUGCUUCCUGGAAGAUCUAUCUAUCAAUCUACAAAAAAGGAGAGAUUAAAAUAACGAAUAUUUAUGCGAACCUCUUAAGGUAGUAUAGUAUUGAUAAUAGCGCGUGUGCGUGUGCGUGUGUUUGAGAGAGAGAGAGAGAGAGAGAGAAAGAGAGAGGGAGAGAGAUGGAAAGACGAAGAAGAAAACAAAAACAAAAUGGCGAGAAAAUACGAAAGUUCCGCAUAAAUAUGGCUUUCGAUCUUUUCCGAUCGUUCGUAAGUGCCCGGAUGGAUCUAACGAAGGAAUUACAUAUCAUGGCUGCGUCUAUAGACUCGUGAGAAUGCACUUAGUACGGCACAAGAAUGUUUAAUAUAAUCUAUAAAUAAGUGCGACGCGAAUACGCUCGAAUGUGACCGGUUUAAUAUUUGCGAUGGUUCAUUCAUUCUAUUAUUCCAAUCGAAUCUCGUUCAAAACCCAGCUACGAAUUCUGUAUUCGUGAAAAAAAAAAAAAAAGAAAAACAAGGUGAAAUGCGAAUUAAACGAUCUUGAUUCUUGGCAGUAA